AUGCCCGCCGGAACAGUUCUCGUCACUGGUGGCACCGGCUACAUUGGUUCUUUUACCACUCUCACCUUGCUUGAGAACGGCUACGACGUUGUAAUAGUCGACAAUCUGUACAACUCCUCACAGGUUGUCAUUGACCGCAUUGAGAAGAUUUGCGGUCGCCGCGCCCACCUCUACCAGGUCGACGUCACCGAUGAGAAGGCUCUCGACGAUGUGUUUGCCAAGCACCCAGCCAUCGACAGUGUCAUUCACUUUGCCGCCCUCAAGGCGGUAGGCGAGUCUGGCGAAAUUCCCCUCGAGUACUACCGUGUCAAUGUCGGCGGCAGCAUUGCGCUCCUCCGCUCCAUGGAGCGCAACAACGUCACCAAUAUUGUCUUUUCUUCUUCCGCAACCGUCUACGGCGACGCUACUCGUGUUCCCAACAUGAUUCCCAUCCCCGAGCACUGCCCCAUUGGGCCCACAAACACCUACGGCCGCACCAAGUCCAUGAUUGAGGACGUGAUUACUGAUUGGGUCAAUGCGCAGCGCAACAACUUGAACAAGGCCGGCAAGCCAUCUGAGCAGUGGAACGGUGCCUUGCUCCGAUAUUUCAACCCAUGCGGUGCUCACCCCAGCGGUAUCAUGGGCGAGGACCCUCAAGGGGUACCGUACAACCUGCUGCCUCUGCUCGGAAAGGUCGCCACUGGCGAGCGCGAGAAACUUCUUGUAUUUGGCGACGACUACAAGUCCUCUGACGGAACCGCCAUCCGUGAUUACAUCCAUGUUGUCGAUCUUGCUAGGGGCCAUCUUGCCGCCCUCAACUACCUUCGCGAGCACAAGCCUGGUGUCAAGGCAUGGAAUCUGGGAUCCGGCCGGGGUAGCACCGUAUUCGAGAUGAUCAAGGCUUUUAGCGCCGUUGUUGGACGCGAUCUCAAGUACGAGGUGGUCGCCCGCCGACAGGGCGAUGUCCUGGACCUUACUGCCAACCCUACUCUGGCCAACAAGGAACUCGACUGGAAGACGGAGCUGACCUUGGAGAAGGCAUGCGAGGACUUGUGGCGGUGGGUCAAGAACAACCCUCAAGGGUACCGACAGGAGCCUCCUUCCGAGCUGCUUGCCGCUAUCAAGACGCCCUCUGCGUAG